AUGCCGAGAAAGAAGAACUGGAAACGCAGUGAAGCCCUGAAGAAACGUGUCUUACAAGACAAAAAUGAGGAUGAGAGCACUGUGAAAGAAGUGCAUGAAAUAAUAUCAAAAGAUGUUGAAUUCAAUACUGUUAUGCAUCUUAAGGAUUGUCAAUAUAACCAGACUGGUAAUGAAUUGAACCCAACUGUUUCAGUGCAAGGUAGCUUUCAUCAAGGUGAUCCUCAAUUUCUGAACAAUUCUGGGAGACAGUGUGUGGCAAAUGCCUUAGUGUCUGUCAUAUUUAGUAAUAUCAAAGAUAUUUGUUCAUGGGAUAAAUAUGAUCUGGAUACCAUACUUAGAAGUGGAAAUGAGUUAUACGGGUAUUUACAAAAUUCUACAACGAUAAAUCAUGAGCUUCUAUUAGUAACAGAACUGCCACAGAUAUUAGAUAUAUUUGAUACACAAUUUACUUUGAGUAUUGGGGAACCAUUAUUUGGUAUUAUAGGGAAAGUUGCUGUUGAGACGGAUUUUUUUAUGUCAUUUGAUAAUGCAUUAAAUGUAUCAUUAAGAGAAUAUAAUGCCUGCUUUGUUAUUUUUGGAGGAGCAGCUUUUGCAGUGAUUAAGAAAGACUCGAUAUAUUGGGUAUUUGAUUCACAUUCAAGAAAUUCCAAAGGAAUGGUAAUGCCUGAUGGAGCUAGUGUACUAAUCAUGUUCAAUAGUGUGAAGGAAGUGCAUGAGCAUUGUUGUAAUCUAGCAUUAUCCAUGCAUGCAAUUGAGAAUGAACAAUUUGAAGUGACAGGAAUUAGUGCAAAUGUUGAUUGUCAUACUGGAGGUAAUAACGAAACUCUGUCUGAAGACGAUGUACAAGUUAUUGCAAGUGAGCAUACUCCAUUAUUAUAUUGUCCGCUAACUUUGGAACUACGUGAAUCUCUUUGUACUGUUCUCAAUAUUCAGAAUGAAGAUAAAACAGAAUACAUACACAGUCGUCUAAAUAUGGAAAUGGGUGAACCAUGUAAAACUAAAACAAUUAAGGAGGAUGGUAAUUGCUUUUUUAGAGCCUUGUCAUAUGCACUCUCUGGUACUGAAAACAAUCACCGGAAAAUAAGAUUAGCCAUUGUAAAACACCUGAAGGAUAAUCCUACAGCAUUUCGUUCUUGCCUAAGAUCAGACUAUGAUUCUGUUGAAAAUUAUCUACUUGCAUCACGUAUGAAGUAUUUAACAACAUGGGCAACAGAAGUUGAAAUACUUGCAGCAGCUGAUCUGCUGAGAACAGAUAUUUAUACAUUCACUCGUGAUAAAUGGCUCAAGUAUUCAAACCAUCAAAUUCACAACAAUGCUCUUAAUUCUGGAAAGGCAAUUUAUUUAAAACACUGCCUGAAUAUACAUUAUGAAUUUGUUGAAUGUGUUAAGCAACUAGGUGUGGAAACCUGUGGAUGUACGCAUAAUGUGGGCAUGACAUAUUGCAGUAUGGAAUUUGAGUCGCAAGUUCGACAACGGAGAGGAACGAAAAGAAACUAUAUAUUAGCACAAUGUGAACAAUGGAAGACAAAAAAAGAAGAAAGUCCUCUACCAAUUAUCAUACCAGAUCAUCUUAAACACAGAACAAAAAGAAUUAAACAAUACGUGGCAAAGAGAAGGAAAUUAGACAAAGAGAAGGAACGAUAUCAUAAUGAUACAGACAUUAAACAGUAUGAUGAGAAUGAAUACCACAAGAAAAAUAUCAAAGCUAGAGUAACAUUAUCUAGGAAGUUAAGCGCAAAUAAACAGCAAAACAUGGAAUCUGUUACAAGUUUAUUUCGAAAUGAAGUUUGCAAUGGGCCAGAGUACGUUUGUUCAGUUUGCCACAGACAACUAUUUCGAAAUCAAGUUAUUCUAUGUAAAAGAGAAAUAUAUUCAACAAAAGAGAACAAAGUAACACGAGUUGCUGAAAAGUGUAUCACAGAUGAUUAUCUUCAUAAAUGUACAAGUAUCUGUGCAGACAACUGUGUUUACAUGAGAACUGGCAAAACAGAAUUAUGGAUAUGUUUCACCUGUCAUCGUAAAAUUCUGAAAGGGAGAAUGCCAGCUGAAGCUUCUGUAAACAAUCUUCAUUUACAACGUAUUCCACAGAAAUUAAACUGUUUGAAUUCUUUAGAACAGCAUCUGAUUGGUUUACAUAUCCCGUUCAUGAAAAUGUUAGCUUUGCCGAAAGGUGGCCAGAAUGGUGUGCAUGGACCUGUUGUAUGCGUUCCAUCUAGUAUAGAUAAAACAACGUCUAUUUUACCAAGAAGUGGACCAGAUGAUCAGAUGAUUCAAGUGAAAUUGAAGAGAAAACUCACGUAUAAAGGGCAUUAUCAGUACCAGUUUGUGAAUGACUCCCAUAUCAAAAAUGCUUUAAGGUAUCUCAAAAUGAAUAAUAAAUGGUAUAACAAUGUUGAAUAUAACACAGACUGGACAAAUCCAUUAUCGAGAAUUGAUGAAGAAAAUGAAGGUAAUGAACAAGAUAAUACAUCAAAUCUAACUGAGACUGAAUCACAACUACAAGAUGACGAUUGUGAGAAAGAACAGCAGGGGAUGUUUAUUGAUACAUGUCUUCAACCUGUUGAUAUAGCACAAGAUGUAUUUGACCAGCAUUGUGGAAACAUUUCUUGUGUUGCUCCCGCUGAAGGAAAUUCUCCAGUCAAAAUGUUGAUGGAUGAAAGUAAUGAGGCCAAGUCGUUUCCUGUAUUGUAUCCUACUGGAUCACCAACUUUUCAUGACAAACGGGAUGAGAAAAUUACAUUGUCAAGAUACCUUAACACUCGUUUAAUGAACGCAGAUGGUAGAUUUGCAAGGAAUACUGACUUUAUAUUUUAUGCUCAGUAUCUAUCAGAGGUACAGCAAGUUGUCUCAAACGUAUCAAUCGCAUUACGGAAAGGGUCUACUAAAUCAUGUAGCAAAACUAUAACAGCUUCAACUCUAAUAGACACACAAUCUCUCAAAGAUAUCUUGAAAAAUGAUGAAGGUUACAAAUUUAUGAAACCUAUUCGUGGAACACCACCUUUUUGGCAAAGUGCACAGAAAGAUCUAUUUGCAAUGUUAAGACAGCUAGGAAUACCAACAUGGUUUUGCUCAUUUUCAUCAGCAGACAUGAGGUGGCCUGAAAUGAUUGAGAGUAUUCUUAAUGAACGCGGCGAUUAUUGUAAAACAGAAGAGCUUGACUGGUCUGAAAAAUGUGCCAUAUUGAGAAACAAUCCUGUAACAGCUGCACGAAUGUUUGAACAUAGAUUUCAUUGUUUUUUGAAACGGGUAAUAUUGUCACCUGCAGAGCCUAUUGGAAAGAUUGAAGAUUAUUUUUAUCGUGUGGAGUUUCAGCAACGUGGAUCACCGCAUACACAUUGUCUAUUCUGGGUCAAAGAUGCGCCAAUAAUUGAUAAAGAUGAGGAUCACAAAGUAACUGAAUUUGUAGACAAAUAUAUAAGCUGUGAAAUACCAUCUUCAGAACAGGAUGAAGAGUUAUUUGAUAUUGUAAACAGUGUUCAGAAACACAGUAUGAGGCAUUCUAAGACGUGUAGGAAACAAGGCACUACUUGUAGGUUUAAUUUUCCGCGUCCACCUUCGGAAAAAACGUUCAUUUCUCGAAUUGAUGAAAGUGAAUCUAAUGAUGACCAUGAAUCAGAAAAUAUUGAAAAUGAUGUAGUACAGCCAGAGUACACAGAUGACGACGAUGAUGAGGUUGAAGGUAAUAAUCACCAAGGGUCAGUAGGAAAGCUGAUGACAAAUGAUGCUGCUAAGGCAAUUCUCACAAAAAUCUGGAAUGAACUCUCAAAUACUGAUAACAACUUUACAACAGUUGAUUCGUUGUUUACCAGCAUUGCGCUCUCCCAAGAGCUCUUUGAAAGAGCAUAUAGUACUUUGACAAAGAAAACAAGCAUAGUUUUAAAAAGACAGCCCAACGAUGUCUGGGUUAACCAGUACAAUAAAGAUCUUCUGCGAUGUUGGAAUGCAAAUAUGGACAUACAAUUUGUUGUGGAUGCAUACAGCUGCAUUGUAUACAUUAUCAGUUAUAUAUCAAAAGCUGAGAAAGAAAUGGGCUUGUUGUUGGACCAUGCACAGAGAGAAGCUUCUGAAGAAGGAAAUGUAGAUGCUAAAUUAGCAAUGAAAAAGCUAGGAGGUGUAUAUCUUAACAACAGAGAAUUAGGUGCUCAAGAGGCUGUAUACAGGGUGUGCAAUUUAAAGUUGAAAGAGGGAUCGAGAAAAGUACAGUUUAUCCCUACUGGAGAAAAUCCAGUUAAAAUGAGUCUACCUCUUGAAAUUCUUCAAAACAAAUGUAAAACUGGUAAUCUAAACAAUGAGGAUAUCUGGAUGACAAGCAUGGUGGAUCGAUACAGGAACAGACCCAUUGAAGAAAGAUUUGAUAUAAUGUGUCUUGCUACUUUUGUUUCUGAAUACCGAGUUCUUUCAAAUUCAGAGGUGUCAAAUAUGGGAAAUGCGCGAAAUAGAGUUAUCAAACUUAAUAAUGGACUUGGUUAUGUGCUGAGGAGAACCCGAACUGAACCAGCUGUUAUAAGAUAUGCAAGGUUUUCCCUCACCAAACACCCAGAAAAAUAUUACCAAAGUAUUCUGCAACUGUUUUUGCCUUAUCGAACAGAUUUCCAGUUGAAACCGGAGUCAUUUAAGUCAUUUGAAGAAUUCUACCAAACUGGUGCUGUUAAGUGUGGAUGUAGUGCACUUGAAACUGUGAAAGUUAUUGUUGACAGAAACAAAGCAAUGUUUGAAAGAGAGGCUGAUGUGAUUGAUGCGGCAGAGAGACUACUUGAAAAACAUCCUUCUUUGGAAGAUGCUUGGGCUCAAAUUCACCCAGAAUCUGAAUUAGAAAGAUUAGAAUGUCUAGGAAAAGCAAAAGAUAAUUCUGAAUCUGAUGAAGAAGAAUCUGUCGAAUGUAUACCAGACUUGCUGGAAAAAGAUAAAAAUGUUUGUUCCACUGAAGUGUAUCAUCACUGUGGAAUAUCAAGAGAUGAAGCUAAGAUAUUGCUCAGGUCUUUGAAUGAUAGGCAAUGUGACAUAUUCUACACAGUGCGAAAAUGGUGCUUAAGUAAAUGCAAUGGAAUACACGUAGAGCCUUUCCACAUGUUUCUAAGUGGUGGUGCAGGAACUGGAAAAUCUCAUUUAAUUAAGGCUAUAUACUACGAAGCCUCAAGAAUUCUUGCUCAUACAGUACCACGUCCUGAUGACAUAUCUGUUCUGUUAACUGCACCUACAGGUGUUGCUGCAUUUAAUAUAGAUGCUUUGACUAUACACAGUACUUUCGCUAUAGCAGUUGAUGCUAAAUUACCAUACCAACCACUCGGAGAAGAGAAAAUAAACACAAUACGUUCAAAGUUAGCAAAUUUGCAGAUUCUCAUAAUUGAUGAAAUUUCAAUGGUAGACAAAAGGCUACUUGUAUAUGUACAUGGUAGACUUAGACAAAUUAAACAGACAGGCGAUUAUUCACCAUUUGGAAAUGUUUCUGUGAUUGCUGUAGGCGAUUUUUAUCAGUUAGCUCCAGUGAAAGGAAAAGCUUUAUUUGUUGAAAAUCAAGGUAUAGACUUGUGGAAUGAUUAUUUCUCUAUUGCCGAACUGACACACAUAGUGAGACAACAGGAUUCAAAAUUUGCUGAAACACUAAAUAAUAUAAGAACAAGACAGAAAUCAGAUGAAAUGUUAACAAGUGAUGUAAACAUGCUUCGAUGUCGUGAAACUGGCGAGGAAUGUGAUGGAAUUUAUAUUUUUGCAACCAAUAAGGAGGUUGAUAAAUGUAAUGUUGAAAAGCUUCAUUCAUUAUGUUCGGAUCCUAUAUGCAUUAGAGCGCAAGACUUCAGCAGAAAUCAUAAAAGUAAGAAACUUGAAAGAAAAGACACACUCUAUGUCAAGGUCUACAAUACAAAUUUGGCAAAGACAGUUACUUUAGCUGUCGGUGCACGUGUGAUGUUAAUAAAAAAUAUUGAUGUAAGUGAUGGUUUAGUGAAUGGAGUUUUUGGAACAGUUUCCUACAUAAGUUUGAAUCCUGGCGAAAUCUUUCCUUCCAAAAUUUUUGUUGUGUUUGACAAUAAGAAAGUUGGCAUUAAACUGCGCAGUCAAUCGGAAUCCUUCUCAUCAUUACCAGAAAACAGCACACAAAUAAAUCCUCAAGAAGACAGGGUGAAUAAUGGUGGAGGUAUUAGACGUCAAUUUCCACUAAAACUUGCUUGGGCAUGUACAGUACACAAAGUACAAGGGUUAACAGUAGAAAAAGCAACAGUUUCAUUAGGCAAGAUAUUUUCACCUGGACAAGCAUAUGUGGCAUUAAGUCGUGUAAAAACAUUGAAUGGACUUGUGAUCAAAGAAUUCAAAGAAUCUGCUCUAUAUUGCAAUGACAAGAUCAAAGAUGCGAUGAUAACAAUGCCAAAGUUCAUUACUUUCACUGACGAAGGUUCAGACUCAGUUUGUUCUUACAGUUUCAUGUUACAUAACAUAGAAGGCCUAUACUCUCAUAUUGAAGACCUGAAAUUUGAUAAACGCUUUUUAAAAGCAGACAUUAUUUGCUUGACUGAAACAUGGUUGCCCAAUGCAAAUCCACCAAGUGUUUUGCAACUUGAUAAUUUCAGAUUUCACCACCAGCCAAGAUCACUUUGUUAUGAUACAUCUGACAAGUUGACAGCUGAGUUGAAAGAACAGGCUCAUGGAGGAGUAGGAGUUUAUUAUAGUUUCCACAGGUGUAUUGAGUUCUUGGAUUUGUCCAUCUCAAAUUUGGAGUACUUGGCAUUCCAUGUCAAUGAUGCAAAUAUGAAAGUAGCUGUUGUAUAUAGACCUCGGUCAUACAAAGCUGAUGUAUUUAGAAGAAACCUGUUGACUUUGGCUACAGAAAUGGAUAAAAUACCUGGUGGCACUAUUAUCAUGGGUGAUUUUAAUGAAAAUCUCUUUGUCUCUUCAAGUGUGAGAAAACUACUGGAAGAUAAAGGAUAUAAGCAAUGUGUUACUGAGGCCACAACAGAAAGUGGGACAUUAAUAGACCAUGUGUAUGUAAAGAGAAUAGAUAUUGUAAGUGCUGAUGUUGUCCAAACACAUUUUGGUUUUCAUGAAGCAAUAUGUCUGAAGUUGUAG